GUGCUGAUGCGCUGGAAGGGGCCACUUCACACCUCGGGCUUGGGAUAAAGCUGCAGCCAGCCUCAGACGGGCCUGCGCCUCCGCUGCCAUGGCCCAGCCCCUGUGCCCGCCGCUCUCGCUCUCCGAGACCUGGUUCCUGUCCACAGACUGGGGCCCUGCCCGCCCGCUGCCGCCGUCUGAUAGGGGUCCCGUCUGCUCCCCUGCCUCGUCUCCGGACUCGUGGGGCAGCGCCCCGACGGGCAGUCGGGUGCCAAGCCCAGCCCGCCCGUGCACCCGCCAGUGCGUCCGCUCAGCCCCGCGUGCCCCGACCGCAGGAAGGCGACUGGGCAGCUGGCAGCGGCGGAGCGCCAGCGAGCGCGAGAAGCUGCGCAUGCGCACCCUCGCCCGCGCCCUGCACGAGCUGCGCCGCUUCCUGCCGCCGUCGGUCGCGCCUGCCGGCCAGAGCCUGACCAAGAUCGAGACGCUGCGCCUGGCCAUUCGCUACAUCGACCACCUGUCGGCCGUGCUGGGCCUCAGCGAGGACAGUCUGCGCGCGGACGCGGCGUCCCCUCGGGGCUGUAUGCUCUGCCCAGACCGCGACUCCACGCAGGCACAGACGCGGGAUCCCGGACCCCACCUGGGCUCUGCCUCCAGCGCGGGACCGUGCUGGGGGUCCCCGCCCGCGUGCCCCGCGCUGGGGGUCGCUCUGGAACCGCGCGCCCCGCCAGUUUUGUGCCUCGAGGCGGCUAGUCCGCAAGGGCAGAGAGUAGACCCGAACCCAUCCUCUCCGCUCUUUUCCAGCGAAAUGCUGACCCUGCUGGAGACCUGGAUGCCUCUCUCACCGCUGGAGUGGCCACCGGCCUGAGGAGUCCAGAUGACAGACAACGGGCUCCCCAUCAGAGCACCGAGGUUUUUGUUUUUGUUUUUGUUUUUUGCCCCAGCACCUUUAAAGCGGACAGCCUUUCCUGAAAGAGGCACCAGGCACCGGCGACUCUGGCAUGGCACUCCUCGGGGAAGGGAGCCUGUCCUCACGUAGGAUGACCCGUCCCAUCCCCUUUUUUGAAGGAAGGACUCAUAGGGUAGAUGCUCCGAUGCAGGCAGGAGCACUGCCUAGCAUGUAUUUAUUUAUUUGUGAAUAAACUAUUUGUGCUGGUGUCAC